AUGGAGAACUCCAGCCCCCCAUUGUCGCCCAUCCGACAAUACAUUGACACGUCGCCGUCACAUUCCCAAUACCGCGAACACCUGCGCCGACGGACGAGCAGCUUCUCCUCGAACAAUCACGAUCGGAGCCCCACGAGCCCGCAGUCGCGCCAUCGCUUCAGCACUGCCUCCCAACUCUCUGUCGAGGUCCCCGACACGCCCUUGGACGAAAGGGGCGGCGGUGGGCUGGGUAAUCUUGCCGAUGAGCUCGACCAAUUGGAUGAUGAAGAUGAUGAGGAUGAGGAUGACGACGAUGACUUUGACGAGGGCGUGACGGAUGACAUACACCACCAGCUCAAGGGCGAAGAGCAAAGCCGCGACAGUGGAAUCGACGUCAGCUACGCCAACUCUGAAAAAGGCGGCCAGGGAACGACCAAACGACAUGUGCGCAACUUCUCGAAGCCCUUUGGCGGCGGCAGCGACAGCGAGAAACCGCCCGACGAGAUACGGAGUGCGAAUAACAAGGCGGCAGCAGCAGCAGACGCGGAAGACGACUUCUCGUCAGAUCUCGAGGAUAUGAUGAAUACCAUCGCGCGCAUGACGAGUUACACCUCCAACACCGAAGAUCCACUCGUGCCUCGCACCGUCACGCAAUUGCAAGAUCUGGGGAAUCAAACCGAUCUUGAAGCCGGAGCUCAUAGAUUGGUCACAAGCACCAACAGUCUCACAUCGCAUCUCACUUCGCAGGCAAAAGCUUUACAGACUCUCGCCCAAAGUCUGUAUCCCAUGUAUGCCGGAUUCGGAACCACAUCUCUCGACCCUUCCCAGAUCGAGGAAGUUCUACCUCUGCUGGACAUGCUCAAGGACAGUCUCCCGCACCCGGACAUGGUGACGGUGCAGAAGCUGCAGAAGCUCGAUCGGGAAACAUUGGAUGUCAUCCAGACCUUGUCGACGUUGACGGAUACGCUGCAGAUGGGAAAACAGAUUACGAAUUCUGCCGCGAGGCAUUUGAGGACGACGCAGACGAUGGUGGAAGAGCUGCGAAGGGAACGCGAGAGAGGAGAGAGUGCAAAAGAGGAUUUGACGGGGAGUGGGUGGGAUGCGAAAUUGGAGAAGAGAUGGUGUGGUGCGCAGUGUGGGGAUAUCCUGAGUGGAUUUGAGAAGAGAUGUGAUGUGUUAAGAGGGGAGUUG